CAUCAACUGCUCAGUCAUAACAGCCUUACCUCCAUCGGCGAUGCAUCACAAGAACAGAGGAGGCUGCCAUGUCGUUAUUAGGACCUCCGGCACGGGGAGCCAUCUGCUUGCUAGUUGUGUCGUCGUCGAUCGUGGUCCUCAGCACGGCCGGUGGUCUCGGAUCCGAUGCCACUAGUAGGUCCGCCGCUGCCUAUCUCUCAGUUGACGACGACUACGGGGAGGAGGACGAGAGCGGCGACUCCUCCUUCUCCUUCCCCGACCCCGAGACGAGUUCAGCUUCAACCGGGCUAGUGUUCGGGUUCUACGACGACAAGUGCCCGGACGCCGAGGAGAUGGUGUCGUCCAUGGUGCGGAAGCUCUACCACGCGGACCCCAACGUCGCAGCCGCACUCGUCCGCCUCUUCUUCCACGACUGCUUCAUCCACGGCUGCGACGCCUCGGUGCUGCUGGACCGCGUCGGCGGCCAGAGAUCGGAGCGCGACGCCGGCCCGAACCAGUCGCUUCGCGGCCUGGGCGCCGUCGAGGCCAUCAAACGGGGAGUGGAGAAGGCGUGCCCCGGGACCGUCUCCUGCGCGGACAUCCUGGCGCUGGCCGCGCGGGACAGCCUCGUGCUGGUGGGCGGGCCUACCUACCCAGUGCUCACGGGCCGCCGCGACAGCGCCCAGAGCUUCUACUACGACGCGGACGGAGGUGGCAUCCCGCCGCCGAACGCCACCUACGCCAUGACGCUCGACGCGUUCGCGCGCCGCGGGCAGUUCACGGAGCGUGAGACCGUCGCGCUCCUAGGAGCCCACAGCAUCGGGAAGGUGCGGUGCAGGUUCAUCGCGGACAGGAUCUACAACUUCGCCGGGACCGGCGCGCCGGACGACUCCAUCGACCCGGACAUGGUCGGCGAGAUGCGCGCGGCGUGCGGCGGCGGCGACGGCGCGGCGCCGAUGGAGAUGGGGUACUACAGGCAGGGCCGGGAGGUGGGCUUCGGCGCGCACUACUACGCCGAGCUGUUGGAGGGCCGGGGCAUCCUGCGCGCCGACCAGCAGCUCACGGCGGGGAGCACCGUGCGGUGGGUGCGCGUGUACGCGUCCGGAGCGCGCGGCGAGGAGCUGUUCCGCGACGACUUCGCGCACGCCAUGGUGAAGCUGUCGGCGCUCGCGCCGCUCACGGGGUCGGCUGGCCAGGUCCGGAUCACCUGCUCCAACCCCGUCCGUCCCAACUGAACCGACCUAGGACUAGAGUUUGAAGGGAAAGGAGGCUUGAUGCCCUUUUGAUGACUCGUCAGUGUAUGUUUGUUCAAAUAAAGGCGAGGAUUUGGUUGCAUCCCUAUGCAGAUGUGCAAGAUCUGCUGACGAGAGGCAGUGCCUGCCUGUGCGCAGCGCAAGCAUCAGAUUCAGAGCUGUAAAAUGGCUGAGUUCUGACUUUCAGCGUACUCCUUCCAUCUAUUAAAAAAAGUGUAAAUUCAUGUUUG